AUGCAGCACCUCAGGGACCAAGGGGUUUCCACACCCACUGAUGCCAAUAAGAGCACCAUUCCCCAUGUGCCCCAGGUAACACGUCCAUGCUCGCCACUGGGAGAGGACGUGGCAUCCAUGGAUCAGUUGAACUCGGAGGAGUUUCACUCGCUUCUGGAUGCAACCAUGACCAAAUCGGUCACCCAAGCCAUAGUCACGGCUAUGGGGGCGAUGUCUGAAACCCUGACACAGUCCAUUAGUAACGCCAUACUGGCGUCUAACACCAACCCUAGCGGCCUCCGCCCCAAAGCCCAACCUGACAAGCCUGCGCCCCUCAGCGGCCGUAAGGCUACGGAGAAGACCCACCAUACGGGCAAACACACCUCCAAAACCAGCACGACGGACAGGACACGCCCUGUCACUACUGAGGACGUGGGGCCCCCAUGCAAAAGAGCCACCCACCGGGCAAAAACGGUGAGGACGUGGAAAUGGGCAAAAGCCCAAACAGAGACAUCCGACUCUGGUUCGGACAUAGGGAGGUAAUGAGUGAGUCCGAGGAUAUCGGCUCUUUGGAAUCAGGAAACUCUUCCCCUGAGCGCAGCCGGGCAGUCACACCGACUAUGGGAAAAGCGCUCACGGAUGA